AUGUUGUCUCCCUUUCAGAAUAUGACCCUGCACUGUAAUAGCUGUGCGCUGGUGACCAGUUCCAGCCAUGUCUUGGGGAGUCAAGCGGGAGAAGAGAUCGACCGUACGGAGUGUGUGAUUCGUAUGAACGACGCUCCUACUCUGGGUUACGAAACGGAUGUGGGAAGUCGGACUACUCUGAGGGUUGUGGCCCACUCUAGUGUGUUCAGGGUGGUCCGGAGGCCCGCCGAGUUCUUACAUCGCAUGGACAACAACCCUGUGAUCAUAUUCUGGGGACCCCCGAACAAGAUUGGGAAGGAAGGCAAAGGGACUCUGUACAGACUGAUCCAGAGAGUCAGCAUGACCUACAGUAACUUGUCGUGUUUCAGUAUCAUACCAAGCAAGAUGCGCAGAUUCGAUAGUCUCUUUCAUAAGGAGACAGGGCGAGACAGACAAAAAUCUCACUCGUGGUUGAGCACAGGCUGGUUCACAAUGGUCAUCGCUGUUGAGAUAUGCGAUAACAUCAAAGUAUAUGGGAUGGUUCCACCCAAUCACUGUGGAAAAAAACCCGGAUCCAAGAAGAUUCCGUAUCACUACUACAAACCCAGGGGGCCUGAUGAAUGUGUCACUUACAUACAGAGCGAGAGCGCCCGGAGAGGAAACCACCACCGCUUCAUUACAGAGAAACAGGUGUUUUCACGCUGGGCAAAGCAGUACAACAUCACCUUCACUCACCCCAACUGGUGAACAGACAAAAUACCUUUAAGAGGUGUCUCUGCACUCACGGAGAAUGAAUGAGCACCGUGGGCUGGAUUAUGUUUGUUAACUUCCUCGAUCGGGCCUUCAAAUCGCUACGUGAUGAAUGACCGCUUUUGGUGAAAAAAUGAAAUGAUUGCCAAGAUAUACGGAAAUGUUCUCUGUCGCAGAAACUCACUUUGGAGAGGUUUCUGAAAAGCUGUGUGUAUCGUCCACAUUGACACGUGGCAGUCAUGUUUUUGUAGAUAGAAAAAGAAAAUGAUUUUAAAGAUUGAUUUUUACAUGUUUAUAAUAUUUUUGUUAUGUAUUGGAAAUGCACUGUUUCCCGUGUUGAAGGGGAAUGUAUUUAAGUAUUCUCAUCAGAUAUGUGAAUAAGUG